GAAAGAAAUUGGUCAGAAAGCUUUCGAUUAAAUCCAACAAAAAAAAAAUAAAAAAUGGACUCUUAAAAACGAAUCUAAAUUUGCUUGUGCUCUCAUUGUUUUCCAAGUAGGUAGAUGCUUUCGUUUGUUUCCCUACAGAGGAUGGCAAAAGAUCUAGAAGAUGCGAAAAAAUACGACUACUGUAAGGUAACUGUUAGGCGAAUGACGAUCAAUAUAUGUAUUAUUUCCAAUAAUACUAUACACAACAAUAUCAUCUUAUUUUCAUCCUAUUAUGAAAGAUAUGAUAUAUUUAUUAUUAUUAGAUGAUAAAAUAGUAAUAGAUAUGUCACAUCUUAUAUAAUGAGAUGGUAGUGUGGUAUAUAGAAUUUUCUGCUCACAAAGAAUCUUAGCUUGUGGUCUUUUUGUGAAUAUCUUCCGCUAUGUCUAGUGUAUGGUCCACAAUACAUGAUAGUUUAUUAAGGGGCAGAACAUUGAGAUUUUGGAAGUAGAAGUUUGAGGGCCAUUAUGCUGUGGAAUUCCUCCUUUCAAUUUUUUAGUCAAAACAGUUCGUCCAUUUUCAUUAUUUGUUGCUCAACUACGUGAAAGAUGAGGCAAAUCUGGUAAACCCCAAGUUAGCACUGAGGCCUUCUCUGUUAAAAGCUUUCCAAGACUGCUAUAGAUAAUCGUGCGUCCUUCUGGACACCAUUCAAGAGGAAUCCACCACUCCUAUAAACGCCAAAAAUUAAGUUUCAUGGUUUUUUGACAAAGAUUCUUGCACCCACUUUAUUCCUUUGCCAUAGCCUUAUAUGUACCCCCAGCUUCCUUCCUGUCACGUACGAUAAUCGUUUUCAUCUCCUAGCACAUGCAAAAUGAGCACUAAACCAAGCACAAUACCCGGCUUCUUUUGUAGCAAUAUCCUCCUGGUUUUUCUUCUUAGUCUUCAAUGUUCUUCUCAGAAGUCCUGUCCCAAUUGUGGCUCCAUUGAAAUCCCAUAUCCUCUAAGCACAAACCCCAAUUGUGGUGACCCGGAUUACUCUCUCCGUUGUGAUCCCCACUCUCAGAAACUCUAUUUUGUUGCCCUUAACGGAAGUUCUUAUGCUGUAGUCGGCAUCAUUGCUGCAUCUCAACGCAUGGUGGUGCAACCAUCAGCGUGGCUGCCUGACAGAUGUGUCACUCAAGACAUGCUGGUGAGUGAGGGCAUCUGGUUGAACCAAUCUCUCCCUUUUAACAUAACUUCAUCCAACACCAUCUUCCUCUUCAACUGCUCCCCCCGUCUUUUGGUAUCUCCUCUCAAUUGCACUACUUCUAGCCUUUGUCACCGUUUCUUGGAGAGUUCGGGGCAAGUUGACAAAAAUCGAGCGCUUCAAUGUGCAAGUGGUCUUGACCCUUGUUGCACGUUUAUUGCGGGUGGGAUGCCCUCAGCAUACAAGAUAAGGCUUCACAGUUCAGGUUGUAGAGCUUUCAGAAGCAUCCUUCAUCUGGAUCCUGAGAAGCCUGCAAGCCAAUGGGAAGAGGGGUUGGAAAUUCAAUGGGCUCCCCCACCGGAACCAGUUUGUAAAUCACAGCUUGAUUGCUCCGGGGCUUCCAAGUGUUCAGCUGCUGGUUUAAAUGACCAACUCCGGUGCCUUUGCAAUAAGGGAUACCUCUGGGACCAUGGUCUUGGAACUUGCUUGAGAACGAAGAAGAAUGUUAAGGCUGGCCUCAGCUUAAAGGUCUCCAUAGGGAUAAUCUCAUUUUUCUCUCUAGCACUAGUCAUGACCGCUGUCACGGUAAGAAGAUCUUGCAGACGUCUCUCGAACCAGGCAAAAAUGGCCAAGGCUAGAGAGAAUAUGUUGAAAUCGAGCAAUGGUGGGAAAUCUGCCAGAAUGUUUCACUUAAAAGAGAUGAAGAAAGCAACAAAAAAUUUCUCCAAAGACAGAGUUUUAGGUAGUGGUGGUUUCGGGGAAGUCUACCAAGGUGAGCUUCAAGAUGGGACAGUUGUGGCCGUUAAGUCAGCUAGAGUGGGCAACAUCAAAAGCACGGAACAAGUUCUGAAUGAAGUUGGGAUACUUUCUCAAGUCAAUCACAAGAACCUUGUCAGACUCAUGGGUUGUUGCGUGGAAGGGGAGCAGCCCUUAAUGAUCUACGAGUUCAUAUCAAAUGGAACCCUCCAUGACCAUCUACAUGGUAAGUUUUCCACUCUCCUUGACUGGAAAACGAGGCUAAGAAUUGCUUUACAAACUGGUGAAGCAUUGGCUUAUUUACAUACUGCGGCAUACACUCCCAUCUACCAUCGCGAUGUCAAGUCCACAAACAUUCUAUUAGAUGACGACUUCAAUGCAAAAGUUGCAGAUUUCGGGCUCUCCAGAUUGGCUGACCCAGGGCUGAGCCAUGUAUCAACCUGUGCUCAGGGAACAUUGGGGUACCUGGACCCUGAGUACUAUCGCAACUACCAGUUAACUGAUAAAAGUGAUGUUUACAGUUAUGGGGUCGUGUUGCUUGAGCUUCUGACCUCCCAGAAGGCCAUCGACUUCUCGCGUGAUCAAGAUGAUGUGAACUUAGCCACUUACGUGGGCCAAAGGGCCAACACUGGAGCAAGCAUGGAAGUUGUGGAUCAGCGGCUUCUUGGCAAGGAGCCCACGGACGAUACACUGACAAGCAUAAAGCUCUUCUUAGAACUUGCACUUUCCUGUCUCAGAGAGAAGAAGGGAGAUAGGCCUGGAAUGAAGGAUGUUGUUCAAGAACUACAGUGCAUAAUCCAAAUUGUUGAUCAGGAACAGGCAAUUACUAAGGAUGUUAAUGUCGACGGUACAUGAAUGUGUCGUUUAGGAUUUUUUUUUUUUUUUUUAGAUUUUAAUUUUAUUUGGAGUAUUUGACUGUCAAGUAUGUUUAUUAUGUGGAUGCAUAUAAUCUAUGAAUAUUCAUGUUGCAAAGUUAAA